GCGCCAAGGACCCAGUCAUUCUGCUCCAGGAGGGACACGUGUCCCAGCACAAUACGUCUCAGCACUUUUGCUACACCAACACGCGUGUUCCUCAAUGGCACGACGUCUGGACCAGGACCCAGAUCCGCAUCACCAGCUCCCGCAUGAUCCGCAUCACCCAGGUUGACAGCGAGGAGGAGCUGGAGAAGUUCAGCGUGUGGACCGUGGUUUUCUCCUUCCUGAGGGAGAAGCUGAAUGAUACCAGCAUCGAUGUGGACCUGUACAGCAACAAAACCUGCCUCAAGGUUGAGCUGCUGGAGCCUGGCACCACCUACUCCAUCGUCCUCUUCCGACGCUUUGAUCCUAAGCUGUUCCUGAUUUUCUUUCUGGGCCUGUUUUUGUUUUUCUGCGGAGACAUGCUGAGCAGGAGCCAACUCUUCUACUACUCAGCCGGGAUCAGUUUUGGCUUGCUGGCCUCACUGCUCAUCAUUGUCUAUGCCAUGUCCAAGGUCAUGCCUAAGAAAAGCUCUGUGUAUUUCCUGCUGGUGGGAGGCUGGUCCUUUUCCCUGUACCUACUUCAGCUAAUCUUCAAGAAUCUGCAGGUGAUCUGCAAGUUCUACUGGCGGUAUUUGUUAGGUUACCUGCUGCUCGUGGGCUUCCUGAGCUUCGCUGUGUGCUACAGGUAUGGCCCCCUGGAGAACGAGCGGAGCAUCAACCUCCUCUCCUGGGCCCUGCAGCUCCUGGGGCUGCUGCUGAUGUACUCAGGCAUCCAGAUCCACCCCCUGGCCCUGGCUCUGGUGCUCAUCGCCAUCUGCACCAAGAACGUGGACUACCCCUUGCAGUGGGCCUUCGCUGCUUUCCGGAGAGCACAGAGUGCCAAGCUGGCCCCGAGCCCCCCUCGGCUGCUGACGGAGGAGGAGUACCGGCUUCAGGGCGAGGUGGAGACUCGCAGGGGCCUCGAGGAGCUGCGCAGCCACUGCCAGAGCCCUGAUUUCUCUGCCUGGACUAUGGUAUCCCGUAUCCAGUCUCCUAAGAGGUUUGCUGACUUUGUGGGUGGUGCCUCUCACGUCACCCCCAGCGAAAUGUCUGUCUAUGAACGUGAGUAUGGCCUAGACCGGCUGGAUGAGCAGCUCUUUGAGGAGGAGGAGGAGGAGGAAGAAGAUGGCAAUGGCUCUGUUGAUGGAAACAACUCCGUUGAUGGAAAGGAUGCCUUUGACAGGAACUGCAGGAAUUACUUCCUGCCACACAACCACCUGGAUGCCCACUGA